UUAGUCGCUACCAGAAGGUUAUGGAAGUGUUCGCCUUCCUUCCAGACUUCCAGAUGCCUCUCCGGGCUUCUGUUGCCUUGCCUUGCCUGCCUCCUUUAUAAUGCAACCACCUCCGCCUCCGGACACAGAGUGACCAAAGCUCACCAGCACACCGCACACUUGAAUUAACUGUGCAGAGUUUGUUACAGUAAAUAUGGCUGUAGUUCGCUUGUGCCUCAGCAAGGCCCUUGCCGGCCGUGCGCCAGCUCUGGUGAGGCCAGCGGCAGCCAGUUCUCACGGAAGCCUGAACCUUCGGUCCCCCUUCUCGUCCGAGGCAGCCGACGGCACCGGCAAGACGAGCCGUCAUGAGGUCGCUGUGGCAGACCGUUCAGUCUCCAACACCGCUAGCCAUUGGCCGUGGGGAGACUUCCGAGUCCGAGACUUGGUCCCGUUCCGCCUGGUCGACGGCCUCGGGAGCGCGCUGUCGCAUGUCGCGGAGACGCUGAGCCGGCCACUGGAGCGGCUGCGGCCGCUGCUGGGGAAAGUGCGGGAGGAUGAGGAGGUGUACCGGCUGCGGUUCGAGGUGCCGGGGCUGGGUAAAGAUGACGUGCGGGUCACGGUGGAGGACGGCGCGCUGGUCAUCCGGGGAGAGAAGACGGUGCGGGAUGAGGGCGGUGGCGACGGCGGCGAGUGGUGGUCGGCGAGCAGCUACGGGUGCUACCACGCGAGCCUGCUCCUCCCGGAGGACGCGCGGGUGGAUGGGAUCGCGGCGGAGGUGAAGGACGGAGUGCUGUACGUGUCGGUGCCGCGUGUCCCCGGGAGGGAGAGGAACGUCACCGAGGUGGAGGUCCGGUGAGGACUGCAGUCGGCCACCGCAUAGUGUGGUCAGCUCCUGCGAGCAGCGCUGCAUGGGUGGACACUUGUCUUUGCUUAUUUGUGGCCCUGUGGGGUGUGUGUACGUGACUAGGUGUGCGUCAGUGCGUGCGCCUUUGUCAUGCCGCUGCGUGGGCGUGGCCGUCGAACAUGCGGUCGUUCAAAGCUGGAGUUAGCGUCUGUAAAUUGUAAGCCUUGUGAAGUGGGCUGUAGUUCUGGUUUGUUUCU